UUGAGGUGGUUUUUUUUAUAUUUGAGAGACAUUGAAGCUGGUCUCCACCAUGUCAAAUCAGUGUGUUGUCCAUCUACGACGCCUCUGUCGUCGUGACAUGAACACGAUACGCAUAACCCGGGGAUCGAUCGUGCAGUUACACAUACUUGCACCAAAGUGGCCAAAAUCGGGGCCCAGCAACGUUAUUAGCGAAAUGUAAUUUAUAAAAGCCUGUUGACCUUACCAGAUUCAUGCUCGAUACUCUUUCACUUUUUCAUCCUUCCAUUCCUUACCUGGUUGUGGGCUAUGAAGGUUUCUUUUGCUGUCGUCAACGGGCUGGCUCUACUUGCCGCCGUGGUUAGCCCAGUGCUAGCCAAGAGCAAGUUCCCUUACUGCACUGGCUCAACUUAUGGCAUUACCCAUAAGAAUUGCGCCAAGUUUGAGUUCGACACUCUUCACUCCAACUGUGUGGAAACGUCAAACUGCACUACUUUUUACGACAUCACCAAGCUUCCCACUGAGAAAAUCGAUGCUCACACUGAAAAAAUGGCACAGUUGAUCACCAACGUCUUUGAAAAUGGCAACACCAUCAUGGGCUAUGCGUAUGUCGAAGCUCUUGGCGAUGGCCGUGGCUACACUUCAGGCUAUAUUGGAUUCACCUCUGGCACCAACGAUGCCCUUACCGUGAUUCAACAAUAUACCAAGAGAAAGCCUAAGAAUAGCCUCACAAAGUAUGUGCCAGAACUGACCCGCCUUUCCAAGCUCAAGUUCUGCGACACUCAACGUAACGAUACCAAGAAACUUUCUGGUUAUCCUGCGGCUUGGACCAAGACUGCUUGCACUGAUCCUACCUUUGUUCAAACUCAACUUGAUGUUGGAUUCGCUAUGUAUCUUGCUCCUGCACUUAAAUACGCUGCUAGCGUUAAUGUUCAGUCCAACUUGGGAAAAGCCAUCUUUUACGAUACCAUCAUUAACCAUGGCUGGCAAUACGUUGAACCUUUAAUCAACCUUCCAAGAAUUUUGAAACUGACAGGUCCUCGCAAGCACAAUGAAACAGAGAAGAGCUACUUGAAUCGAUUCUUGGUCACCAGACGUCAGUUGAUGUGCUGCUUCCCUGACGAUGUCUGGCCCCCAGCAGCAGACAGAGUCGCCGAUCUCCAGCGACUGGUCAGCAGCUGGUCUCGCAACAAGGAUCUCAAGCAUCCCGUUACCCUCAAGAUUUAUGGAGUCACUGUCAAGGGUACUGAAGACCUAAGCUACGAUAAGGCUGAAUGCCCUAAGAAGCCCAAAGGCUGGAAGCUUCCUGCUGCGAAGACCCUUCCCAUCCCUGACACCUGCCCUAACAAGCUCUUGUCACUUUGAGCCAUACCAUGACGC